CCGCCGCCGCCCCGCGCCCGCCGCCAGCCGAGCGCCGCGGAGCGGGGCCGGAGCGGGGCCGCCAUGCGCCCGGGGCCGCGGCUGCCGGUGCUGCCGGUGGUGCUGGCGCUGCUGGCGGCGGCGGCGCGGCCGGGCAGCGGCGAGGAGGCGAUCCAGUGCCCGCCGUGCUCGGAGGAGCGGCUGGCGCGGUGCAAGGCUCCGCAGGGCUGCGCGGAGCUGGUGCGGGAGCCGGGCUGCGGGUGCUGCGCGACCUGCGCGCUGCCCCGCGGCACCGCCUGCGGCGUCUACACCGCUCGCUGCGGCGCGGGGCUGCGCUGCUACCCGCCCCGCGGCGAGCCCCGGCCCCUCCGCACCCUCAUGCACGGCCAGGGCAUCUGCACAGACCUGGCCGACGUCGAGGCCAUCCAGGAGAGCCUCCAGCCCCCAGAGAAGGAGGAGAUUGACCACCCCAACAACAGCUUCAGCCCGUGCAGCAUCCAUGACCGCAAGUGCCUGCAGAAGCAGCAGGCGAAGAGGGUCAACAACGGCAACAAGAUGCGCAGCAGUGGGAGCCCUCACCACCGCGAGGACACUCGGGUCAUGGCACAGGGCUCGUGCCAGAGCGAGCUGCACCGGGCGCUGGAGAGGCUGGCGGCCUCGCAGACCCGCACCCACGAGGACCUGUACGUCAUCCCCAUCCCCAACUGCGACCGCAACGGCAACUUCCACCCCAAGCAGUGUCACCCGGCGCUGGAUGGGCAGCGGGGCAAGUGCUGGUGCGUGGACCGCAAGACGGGGGUGAAGCUGCCGGGCUUCCUGGAGCUGAAGGGGGACUUGGACUGUCACCAGCUGGCGGACAGCAUGUGAGCGCCACCGCAGGGCCAGGACCCCCGCAGGGGCUGCCCAGGAGAGAAGGAGAGGGGACGUGACUGCUGAGCAGUGCCCUGGUGCCGGGGGACCCCGGGAUGCGCCCGGAUCGCUCUGCGGCACCGCCGCCUGCGCCAUGACCACUACCGGCCACCGGCAUGCGCCAGCGGCCCCCCAUCCCACACGGACACGGCUUGGACCUGGCACUGGGGUCGGGCUGCCCGGGUGGAGUGGGUGGGGGGCACCCUUGAUGCUGCUGCUGCUGCCCUGUGGUACCCCCGGUUUUCAGCCUGGCCCUGCAGACAACCUCGGACGCCUGGAGCCUCGGGGGGUGAGGUGGCAGCAUCGCAUUUGCAGCUCAGCGCCCUCCAUGCCAGACCUCUGCACGGGCAGCAGCAGAAGUGCCUCAUCCUGCCCUCCCUGGUGGCGAGAGGCUGCCCAGGCAAGGACUGGGGGGAACUGGAGAGACCCCCCCGCCUGCAUCCCACCCCAAGUGUGUGUGUGAAGGGCAGCAAUGAGAGAUUUUCCCCCUCCCUGCUGCAGCCCCUCAGCCCUGGACCUCCUCCCCAUGGCCCAGCCCCAUCCCACUCCUUGUGCAGGGACAAAGCCUCCCAUCCAUCCUGCCUCCCCCUCCCAUCCUGGGGUGAGGGGGUCGGGAUCCCCGGGCAAGCAACACUGAGGGGAGGGUGAGGGGUGAGGGAUGGCCAGGAAACACAUCCCAGGGGGAAGAGCUGCUUUUGGUUUUUUCUUUUUUCCUCAAAUUUUUUAGUAUUUAAAAAAUGUUGGUGGGAUCUAAUAAGCAACUGUGUGGCCCCGAGGCUGGAAUUCUCCAUCCCCAGGGACCAGGGCACUGAGGUGAUGGCUCCUGUCUUCUCUUCUUGGCCAAUAUGACAAAACUGGGAUGGAUUCUGGAACGUGUCCAUGAUGGGAUCUGCAGAUUUCACCAGCACAAAAUUCUCAGCUGAGAAAUUGUCACUGGCUUUGUACCUGGUUUUUCUUCAAGCUGGGAUGGAAAUUUUUCACAUAAAAAUGCUGUGGAAAGUGUGCCAAAGACAGAGGGGCCUUCCCCAAUCCCCUCCUGACCCACCCUCUGGCUCCAUGGCCUCAGUGGUAGGGUUUGGUUUUCCACGUGGAUUUGUGCUGUCCAAGGCCCCCGAUGGGAAUGAAGUGUUUCAGUUUUAGUGAAACACCCUCUGCCCUCCUGAUCCCCUGCCAGAUCCCUGCCUGCCCUGGCUGCCCGUGGUCCUGCUCACACACAACUUCUAAACGGAGUCAAUCUGCCAGGACAGUCCUCGGUGGGGAGGGGGUCCCUGUCCCUGCCACCCCUCAGAGCCACCGCACCAAGGAAGGGAUUCCCGGGGCCAGUCCCAGGGCCAGUCCCCUGCAGCAGCACCACAGCAGGACACAGUGCAGUGGCAGUGCCAGCCCGGUGGCCUUGGCCACUCCCCGUGCACAGCAGGGUGGGUCCAGCAGGGCCUUUCCUCGUCUGGGGGUUCCUGGCAAUGCCGAUGCACCAGGGCACUUUCUGUGUCCAGCUCCGAGGGCUCCAGCAUUUCCUAGCCUCUCUCCUGUAGUUUAGGGCUGUAUUUACACACAACCAUGUACCAGUGUCCCCCACCCCCAGAGCAUCCCCUGGCACCCAAGGGGUCCCUGUCCGUCCCUCCCGGGCCAAGCCCGUCCCAUCAGAUUCCCGUGUAGCACCGACAUUUUACAGUACACUUGAACCUUUGUAUCCUCAAAAAAGGUAAUUACUGUAUUUAAUUUCCCGUUA